AUGCUCAGCACCUUUAAAGAGUUUUGGGACGACUAUCACAGGCACAUCAAAAAGUAUAGCGGUCCCAAGGAGGCUCGUGUCAACCCACCACACUUAUUGGUGAGAUGUGAUGAGGAUUGGCACGUCCUCUGUGACCACUACAUGAGUCGUGCAUUCCAGCAGCAUUCACGAAUGAACAAGGCUGCUAGACAGCCUUCCAAUCAUAGCAGCAGAUCAAAGUCGUUUCUACAACGACAGCACGAGCUCGCUGAGCAAAGAGAGGAGUCGAUCGACCGUGUGGAGUUAUUCCGAAAAACACACGUUCGAGACGAGACAUUCGUCUCCCAUGCUGCAGAGGAUGUGCAUAUAAAACUCCAGUCCCGACCUAUCCUAGGGGGUAGUCAGCCACUCUCUGGGGAUGAGAUAUGCGAGACACUGUUGGGUAGAUGAUCGGGCUACUCAAAAGGCCUUGGUUGGGGACCUAAGCCAAAGACCCGCAAAACAAAGAGUGCAAGCAGUUCUACGAUGUCAUGUUCACAAUCCACAGUAGAGCUUCAAUUACAAGCUAAGCUUGAUCAAGGUAUGAAGCGGAUUGAAGAGCAGACAAGAAAUCAUGAAGCAUUAAUUUCAUAAGUGAAACGAAUACGAAAGCUGAUCAAAGAGAUGACUAGGGCACAGGAAGGACCACCACAUGAUCCCUAGCUUUGCGAUACGUAUAUAUGUUUCCAUUAUUCUUAAGUUUCUGAAAUGACAGUAUACAAUAUGAUGAUAUGCAUAUAUAUGUACUAAACUUAGCCACUCUUGUAUUAUUGUAGAACCCACGGUGUAGAAUGGCGUACGAGGCUCAUUAGGAGACGUACGGUUUUCUUUGCGCUUUUUUGUAUUAUGAACAUUAAAUUUUUUGUAUUAUGAACGAUGUUACAUUUUUUAAACUUCCUUGUAUAUGAACAUUAAUUUUUUUGUUGAA